UAUUUAAAGUCCUGCAGCUGAGCUGGAGAGUGAAAGUGCUGAUUACUUACCCGGAGGACGAAGACGCGUUAUCCUUAUAACUUUAUCAGGAAUUUAACAACGUAGAUGGCGGCUUCAAACAAGCAGCUGACGUCGUUUUUCAUAGAGGACAUCUUAUCCUUAAAAGAGGAUAAAAAAGAUGACUCCUGCAAAUCUGAGCGCGACAGAGCCGAGAGCACAGAUGGACGAACAGAUGCAGAGGAUAUCUCGGUUUGUCGGAGCUCUGAGGAUAAAGCAGUGUCGUCCGCAGAGAUGCCGGGCGGCGGAAAAAAGAAGCGCUCUCGCGCCGCCUUCACGCACCUGCAGGUGCUGGAGCUCGAGAAGAAGUUCAGCCGUCAGCGGUACCUGAGCGCGCCCGAGCGCACGCACCUCGCCAGCGCGCUGCACCUGACGGAGACGCAGGUCAAAAUCUGGUUCCAGAACAGGAGAUAUAAAACCAAACGGAGGCAGUUAACGACAGAGCACGGCAAGGACUACUUUCAGAAAGCAGAAGCCACCGCUAUGGCUGCUACAGAGGAGGACUUUUUAAGAGCUUCACUUUUAGCGACAGUCUACAAAUCCUAUCCAUACCGGCCUUAUGUGUACGACUUACACGGACUGAGUGUAUGGAGACCAGCACUGUGAUGACAGGGACAUUGACUUGGACUUUGGGAAAUUUCUCAGAUUAUUGUGAAUAAUAUUCUUAUUAUUA